AAUUCACCACAGUCAGCAUGACGACAGUUCCCGACGACAUUGCGCAUGGCAGCAAGGCUGUCACGGAAGGGCUCAAGAAGAUGUACAUCUCCAAGAUCAAACCCCUGGAGAAGAAGUUUGCAUUUGAAGAGUUCCACUCGCCGCUGCUGAGCGAAGCGGACUUUGACGCCAAGCCCACGAUCCUCAUGAUCGGCCAGUACAGUGUCGGGAAGACGUCGUUCAUUGAGUACUUGCUGGGUGAAAAGUUCCCUGGGUCCCGUGUGGGUCCGGAACCGACCACGGACCGUUUCUGCGCCGUCAUGUACGGCGACGAAGAGCGCAUCGUGCCUGGGAAUGCGCUGGCCGUGUCGCCGGACCUUCCCUACGGCGGGUUGAGCAUGUUUGGCACGUCGUUCCUCAACAAGUUCGAAGCGUCGCAAUUGCCAUGCAAGCAACUGGAGCACAUGACGGUCAUCGACACGCCGGGUAUCUUGUCCGGCGAGAAGCAGCGCAUCAGCCGCGGGUACGACUUUGUCCAAGUGGCCAAGUGGUUUGCCGAGCGCGCCGACAUGGUGCUGUUGCUGUUUGACGCCCACAAACUGGACAUUUCCGACGAAUUCCAGCGCGUGAUUGAAGUGCUCAAGGGCCACGACGAUAAGAUCCGAUGCGUGCUCAACAAGUCGGACCAGAUCGACCAGCAAAAGCUCAUGCGAGUAUACGGCGCUCUGAUGUGGUCCAUGGGGAAGGUCAUGAAAACGCCCGAAGUCAUGCGCGUGUUCAUUGGGUCGUUUUGGGACCAGCCGUUGAUGUACACCGAGAACGCGGCGCUGUUUGAGAAGGAACGCAACGACCUCAUGAGCGAACUGCGCAACUUGCCGUCCAACUCUGCCGUCCGCAAGGUGAACGAGCUGGUCAAGCGGACCCGUCUGGCCAAAGUCCACGCGUACUUGAUCGGGUAUCUCAAGGAGCAGAUGCCCAUGAUGCUGGGCAAGGAGAAGAAGCAGGCGGAGCUCAUCGCGGCGCUGCCGUCCGUGUUUCGUGAAGUGCAAAAGAAGUACAACCUCCCGCCGGGCGACUUUCCCAACUUGGAGGAAUUCCAAAAGAAGCUCGAAGAUCGCAAGUUUGACCUGUUCAACAAGCUCAGCCUCAAGAUGAUCCAGGACGUGGACGAGUUGAUGGCGCGUGACAUUCCGAAAUUGAUGAUGUCGCUGCCCAAGAAGAACGGGUCCCGCGUCGACUCGAAGGAAGCGAUUAACCCGUUUUUGUCCAAGACGAUGGACUGGGCGGUGCACCCGUUCAAAGAAGAGUACGACACCAUUUUCCGGACGCUGACCGUCAACUCGAUGGGCGAAGCGAGCGGCAUGGCGUGCAUGACGCCGCUGCUGGCCACGGGAUGCAACCAGGACCAGCUCAAGGUGAUCUGGGACCUCGCGGACGUGGACAAGGACGGGUUCCUGGACUCGGAGGAGUUUGCCGUCGCCAUGUACCUGUGCCACCAAGUGCGCGACGGCCACGACCUGCCCGCCACUCUCGAAGAGCACUUGAUUCCCCCCAGCUUCAAACGUUAGCGUCACCACCACAUCAUCACGAGCUAGCUUUCGCUCUUCAUCGUCCAUAUACGAUUUUGUAUUGGAAAUAUAAAGUCAAGUCCGUUGAACGAUAUGAAACCCA